CACGUUGGCUGCUGUGCCACGCCAGACAAGCGGGGCUCUACUGUACCUUGCAGUCUCCCAGAGUCAUUCGGCUAUGAUGAGUACGUUACCCGUCACAUCAUGUAUGAGAUCAUCCGGAUAUUCACAGGGACAUGGUCUGUUGUCACAUCCGAGAUCAGGCACAGCCACUUUAGUUUGGAUUGCAGCAUCGUACAGAUAUCAGCGCCAUCUAGCUUCAGCUGCGAUUUCGUACACAAAUCCGGAAGGAAGUACAAUUGGCUUCUUGAGGCGUCCUCGUCGUCUAUAAGAAGUGGGUAAAGGAACGGUUUGUGAAAAAAACUAAGCUCAAGCAACUCUUCCAAGCUUCCUUACAAUCAAGCCACUGUUACCAAAUCUUCUAUCAACUUCCAGCCCGAUCUCGAGAUCUAUAUCGCGAAGAUGCACCUCCCAACCCUCGCCCUGAUGGCCAAUACCGCUUUCGCGGCUAAUAUCGUCAUCAACAACAAGUGCCACGAACCCGUCUGGGUAUCAACCGUUCAGAAGGAGGCAACUCCGCUGAAGAAGAUCCAGCCCGGCGACACAUGGUCCGAAGCACAGAAACCUGCUCUCGACGGCGUUGGUGUCAGCAUCCAGAUCAUCAAGCAGGACCACAUUUCCGACGCGCCAAUUCUGAACUUGCAGUACUCUUUGGGAGAACAUUUGUGGUACAGCAUAAGCAGCGUGAACGGUGAAGCUUUCAAAGACGAAAAGCUGCGCAUUCACAACACCGCUAGUCUGCCUGUUACAGAGAUUGUUUGGGUCGGUGAUCACAGACCAGAGGGUACAGAGGCCUAUAUGGAUGGCGAGGCAACGUUGACGCUGGAGCUGUGCGAUGACUUUGCGAGACGCUUCAGAGCUUAGUCUGAGGAUGAUGGCUGGAGAUGGUGGUGUCUUGGGGCGACUGGUAAUGGCUGCGGAGGGGUGCGAUUGACAAGGCGAGGUGGGAUAGGUUAUGGAGCGAAGUAUCGU